AUGGCCACUGCCACUGAAACAGCUUCGCAAAACAUCAUCAGCGCCGUCGGUGCUUUGACGCCUCAACCUCCCGGACCUCAUCGCCUCUUCGCGGAGAAAGACGUCAAAUAUGGUGAUUGGCGAGAUGAGCUUGUCGAAAACGGUUUUACGGUUGUGAAAGGCGCUAUUCCACGUGACCGAGCGGACCAAUACGCCGAUGACAUCUUGUCGUACCUCGAAAACUUCGAGGGCGGACUCGGAUUCAAACGCGAUGACCCUUCAACCAUUAAAGAGCAAAACCUGCCCAUCAUCACCGAGAAAGGCAUGAUUCUCGGCUACGGCGUGGCUCAUGAAGAUUUCACCUGGAAAGUUCGUCAGGAACCCGGCGUCAUCGAAGCAUUUGAACGUGUCUACGAUACCCCAGACCUCAUCGUCUCCUUCGACGCCAUCAAUGUUGGAUUCCCGAACCGCAAAGACGUGAAGCCAAAUAAACCCUGGCCACACCAGGAUCAGGAUCCUCAGAAACCUGGGUUCAGGUGUCUCCAAGGUCUGGUCAAUUUACUUCCAAACGGCGAUAAGGAUGGCGGAUUGAUCGUCUGUAAAGGCGCACAUCUCCUCAGUGAAGAGUUCCACGAAGAAUUCAAGGACGAACCGAAUAAGAUCUGGGCAUGGACAAACGAGUGGUACGGGUUCACGGACGAAGGUAUGGCGUGGUUGGAGAAGAAAGGUUGCAAAUGGAUGAAGGUCAAUGCCGAACCAGGCGAUCUAUUGCUCUGGGAUAGUCGAGCUCCACACUACAAUCUCAGCGCCACGGGGGACAUUCCCAGGGUAUGUACAUAUACUUGCUACAUGCCGGUCACGGAUGCGUCGCAGGAAGACCUUAUGAAGAAGAAGCAUGCGCUUGAGACGACGCAGAGUACCACGCACUGGCCCAAUGCUAGGCAUGUUGGAGGGAUUCCCGUGUUGCGUGAUGGUGAGCCUUGUAAGUACAAUACUGGAAAGCCAAGGAACCCGGUUCAAUUGAGUGAGCGGGGCUGGAAGUUGACGGGCAUUCCGUACAUGUCGGUCGCUUGA